GAGGGGGGAGCCGAGCCGAGCCUGAGAGGAGAGAUCAUGGCGGCCCCUCUCGGACGGGACACCCUCCCGGACCACUGGUCGUACGGAGUUUGCGGGGACGGCCGCGUCUUCUUUAUCAAUGAUAAAAGUCAUAGCACCACUUGGCUUCAUCCACACACGGGCGAACCGGUUAACUCGGGCCACAUGAUACGCUCAGAUUUGCCAAGAGGAUGGGAAGAGGGCUUCACGGACGAAGGAGCCAGCUACUUCAUCAACCACAGCCUGAGGGCUACAUCAUUUCGACACCCUGUGACCGGACAAAUAUCCCCAGAAAAUACGGAAUACACACUACAAGACAGGAUAGAAGCUCGCAUGUCCAAGUCAGCGGCCAAUCAGAGAUCCCCGAGCAUGGUCACAGAGUCCUCUAAGGCUGUGACCUCAGCUGCAGCAGAUGCCCACUCAGGGACAAAGGGAUGCAGAGGUGCAGGGAAAGUGCACAGUUUUGGCAAGAGGGAUCAUGCUAUUAAAAGGAACCUCAAUAUCCCAGUGGUGGUGAGAGGCUGGCUCUAUAAACAGGACAGCUCCGGAAUGCGACUGUGGAAAAGGAAGUGGUUUGUUUUGUCAGACUACUGCUUGUUUUACUACAAAGACAGCCGAGAGGAGACGGUGCUCGGUAGCAUCCCUCUGCCCAGUUAUGUCAUUGCACCAGUUGAGCCCGAUGACCACAUAAACCGCAAAUACGCUUUCAAGGCGAGCCAUACAGGGAUGCGCUCCUACAUUUACAAUAAGAACUCUGUGAUUGGCUCUCAGGCAGAACACUGCGGGAUGCGGACAUAUUUCUUUAGUGCGGACACACAGGAGGACAUGAAUGGCUGGAUCCGGGCCAUGAACCAGGCUGCGCUGAUGCAGCAGAGUCACACUAUAAAGAGGGCGGCGGAGAAUCCAAAGGAGGCUGCGCAGCAGACUCUCCCACAGACCAACCAUGUCCACGUCAACCAGAACGCAUGUCAAUCAGAAAGCCUUAGCAGGGCGGAAAAACCUCCGUAUAAUGGUAUCCAACUGGCCCAUAGGGAGGAGGUGAGGUAUGGAUUAGAGAUCGAAGGGAAACCCAACCACUCAGCAGCAGAGAGACUCUCUCCAGACUGUGUUGAUGAUGCCACCCACAAGAAAGGCCAGCCAACGGUCAUCGAAGUGGCGCUGCCACCAGAACAGAAUGGAAAUCCUGUCCGUCAGAGGGGCUUCGUUUCACACGUGGACCCUGAAAAACGCGUGCAGAGGAAGAAUACGCUGGCAAAGGUGGAGAAGUGGGUCAAAGUUCAAAAAGGGGACCCACCAAAGAGUGCUCCCUGUGCCGAGUACGACCUCCCUCGGCGGACUCCUCCAUUAAAGCCCAAAGCCUGUACAGAGGCAGAUGCCGCCUAUCAGUCGUUGCCAAAGUCUCCCCGUCUCCCGUCUGGCUGCGCAUCUCCUCCAGCAUCAUGCAAAUUGCCUAGUGACUACAAGUACGCCCACGACCGGCUCAGCCACUUCCGCAUGUCCACCGACGAGCGCAUGGCCACCAAGGAGGGGAUGGUGUGGCAGCUGUACGAGUGGCAGCAGCGGCAGCAGUUCCGUCAUGGCAGCCCCACCGCGCCUAUCUACACCGGCCCCAACUUCACGGACUCCUCAUCUUUCAGGGUGACUGUGGAGAUGCCCCGAUCCAUCUCCGUCCCCCCGUCCCCGUGUGAAGUUCCGCCGUCGGUCCCCGCCUCCUUCAAGCCCUUGUCCCCUCGCCGGCCGCACACUCCUUCAGACAGACGCACCAUCCGGCCCCUGGAUGACGUGGCCCAUGAGGACAGCACAAGAUCCAGCUCUCCCGGACAUAUUUGUGCCCAUCUUUCUCAGGCUUCCCAAAUAGAGAGAAGGUCCAUGCCCGCCAUGGGCUACAUCACACACACUGUCAGUGCACCCAGCCUACAUGGCAAAACGCCAGAGGAGCUCACCCUGCUCCUCAUUCAGCUCCGAAGGCACCAGGCUAAGAUGGUUGGUGUGCAUAGCCCCUGCGAUGCGUUCGUUCACCUUCAGCGCCACCAGCACAGCGGCCUUCUAGGCCCCAGCAUGCAGGCUGAUGAUACUUACAUACAACUGAAGAAGGACCUGGAGUAUCUAGAUCUGAAGGUUACUGGACGUGACAGUUUAAAAACAGAAAGACCAGCAAAGCCCGUCAAAAUAGCAGAAAGUGAUGCUGAUGUGAAAUUAAGUCAAUUGUGUGAACAGGACAAGAUUCUACAGGAGCUGGAAGCCGGGAUACGCUCUUUGAAGGAGGACAAGGACAAGCUAGAGUCGGUGCUGGACGUCUCCCACCAGCAGAUGGAGCAGUACAGAGAUCAGCCGGCCCAUGCUGAGAAGAUUGCCUAUCAGCAGAAAUUACUACAAGAGGAUGUGGUGCACAUCAGGGCUGAGAUAUCUCAAGUGUCCACAGAGAUGGAGAACGCGUGGAAUGAGUACAGCCGACUGGAGAGAGACGUGGACUGGCUGAAGUCGGCCCUGCAGGGACAGAUGAACCGCAGCGAUCUCUCUCAGCAAGAUAAAGUCCAGAUCAGAAAGGAGCUGUGGAGGAUUGAGGAUGUUAUUGCAGGCCUCAGCACCAGUAAAGCCAACUACAAAGUCACCAUCUCCUCUCUCACCAACCCAGAGAGGAAGUUUGUGCCUUCAGUGUCGGCGUCGUCAGUGCCUUCUGUGCCCGGGAGCCCGUCUGCUGUGGAGAUGAGACUGUCGCAGCAUCAGCAGCAUCAGCAGCAUCAGCAGCACAGCCCUCACCUCAGCCCCAGCGGCCACAGCGCCGCCCGCUCCUCCAGCCCCAGCCAGCAGCCCUCCCAUCACUGGGUGGAUGCAGCCAUCUCUAGUGGUCUUCAAUGGGGUGGGGAAGAUGUGCCACCUAGACCUCCUCUACCUCAGCUUUACAAUCCCGAUGAGCAUCCCCCUGCUGUGCCCCCGUUGCCCCGGGAGACCACAGUCAUCAGACACACUUCUGUACGCGGCCUAAAGCGACAGUCGGACGAACGCAAAAGGGACAGAGAGGUUGGCCAGUUCACUAAUGGAGACAGUAAGGUGGAGUUCAGGCCUUUCCUGAGUGAUCCGGAGCUUAUGGGGGCUGGAGAUGGCGCCAGCCACAUCAGUAUAGCCACAUCUGGACAUGAUGGUUACCAGACAUUACCUAGCAGAGGAGUGGCUGGCUCCUCGCUGAGGCUGAAUCAGUCCUCGGGCGUCUCCUCGUAUGUGACCCUCCGGAGAGCAGCCUCAGCUGCCGGCAUGAAGGAGAGACCAAAAAGUGCCUUGGAGCGUCUGUACUCUGGGGACUCGGUGCAGCAGCAGAGGGGGAAGAUGAGUGCUGACGAGCAGCUGGAGAGGAUGAAGAGGCACCAGAAGGCCCUCGUUCGCCAGCGCAAACGCACCCUGAGCCAGGGAGACCGCCACGCCUCUCCCUCGUCGCGCACUUCUUCAUCCUCCUCGCGCCCGCUUUCCGCAGACCUGGGAUCAUGGAAGAGGGAGCAGGAGUUUGACCUGCAGUUGCUGGAGAGGGCUGUUCAAGGUGAGGAGGCGCAGGUAGUGAGGAGCGUUCAGGGGGAGGAAACGGCUCCCGACCACAGAGAGAGGCCUCGCUCCCGCUCUGACGAAUGGCUGACCCUGCGCUCCACCACACCCUCCUCCCACGAGGUUGACUUGGAGCCGUUGGACUUUGACCUGGACCUUAACAAAGAGCUUUCCAAGCCUCAGAAGGUGUUGAUCCCGGAGCGCUACGUGGAUUCAGAGCCCGAGGAGCCUCUCAGUCCGCAGGAGCUGGAGGAUCGGCACCGUAAGGUGGAGCGCAUCAAGAGCAUCUUGGCAAAGUCCAGUGUGCAAAACCUAGCACCCGGAGUGACUUUGGACAAGCCAGAGGUCGGGCUCGUGGCACUCGACUCUGCUCUGCAGGAGCAGGAGAGGAUCAUCACCAUGUCCUACGCUCUCGCCUCGGAAGCUUCGCUCAAGAGCAAAUUAGUCACAGUUCUACCACAGGCUAACAUCCCCGCUCCUCCUCCUCCUCCUCCUCCCCCGCCUCCCCUUCUUCCUCCUCUUCCCCCCGUUUCUCUGGCACCUCCCUCUCCUCUAAGCAACGGAAUCCACUACACGUUUGUCUAAUCCGAGAAAUAAACUCAAGCAAUUUUUGGACACUGAGGUGCUAUUCCACAAAGACAACAAGCAAUUUGCAAGAAAAGUGGAUCCUUGGACAUUUCCGUCUUUCCAUGCAGCAGUACAAAAACUGUACUAAUCAUUUAUAAUACUUGCUUGGGCCCACGCAGUAUUGGCUCGUCAAAGUGUGUCCACUCGCUGUAAGCAACAAGGAAAUGGAGGACUUUGAAACGCUGUGCUAAUUAACUAUGAAAGCGUCUAACAAAUGUAAAUCUCAUAAUAAUGUUUUCUACAUGUUGAUGCACUUUGAAUUGUACACUGUAUCACGUUUUCAAGGUAACACUCAAUGGCUAUUACUUGCAGUGUGAACGCAACUGGGUCAUUUUUGUUUUUAUCAGGUACAGAAUGUUUAGAACCAGAGGUACUAAAUGCGUCAUGAUAGUAGUAUUUUUGUCAAACCUCAGAUAAUAUUCUUACACCAAGCCACUCGAAAUAUUAUAUGUAUGUACCUUGAGCACUGCCAGUCUCCUUUUAAUUUGCCAGGAUGAAUUUUAUUUUUGCUUACAUCAGGAUAUGUGCAAUGUGCACAUAUUUUCUGUGUGACUGGGGAAGGUUGCACAUUAGAAAUUUAUAAAAGAAAAGAGAAAAAAGUGAAUAUUAAAGAUAUUAACACAAUGUAA